AUGUCGAACACGCCGAACGCAAACAACGCCGCGGAUAACCAGCAGCAGAGCACCACCACCGAGCAGGCAGUACCGCCGGCCAGUACCCCCGAAUUAAAGCAGCAAAGCAAGGGCAAAUCGAGCGCCCGUGGCCGCAAUGGCAGAUCAGCAGCCCACGGCAAGGGAUCCUCAGAGGACAAGGGUGAUAGUGAGGACGAUGACGAUGACGAGGAUGUGUGCUUUAUCUGUGCCGACCCGGUAGAGUUCUAUGCGGUCGGCGAGUGUGAUCACCGGACAUGUUAUCUGUGCAAUCUCCGUCUGCGGGCGCUGUUCAAGAGUAAAGCGUGCCCGUACUGCAAGACUGACUCUGAGCAGCUGUCGACACAUUCAUUCCCAUACCACGACGAAAAGCUGUCAAUCAAAUUCGACAGCAAGGACGCGUAUGAUAAGGCCAUGUACGCCCUGCAAUUCAACUGCCCGCAGCGCAGGUGCCACUAUGUAGACCAGACCGGAUGGCAGGGGCUCAAGGACCACGCACGGCAGCAGCAUUCGCUGAUGUUCUGUGAUCUGUGCUUAAAGAACAAGAUGUCGUUUGCGCACGAGCACAAACUGUUUACCAAGUCACAGCUGCGUACCCACAAUUCCCGCGGCGACAACUCUGGAUUCCCUGGCCAUCCCAUGUGUGAGUUCUGCCGCACGUCCUUUUACGACAAUGACCAGCUGUUCGACCACUGCCGGAAAAAGCAUGAGCAAUGCUUUAUUUGCGUGCAGAGCGGUGCCGGGCGCCAGGUCUACUUCAAGAACUAUCAGACGCUGGAGGAUCACUUCAACACUGACCAUUUCCCGUGUCGCCAGCAGACAUGUAUCGAUCGCAAGUUUGUGGUAUUUGGAAAUGAGCUCGACUUGCAGGCUCACGAGCUCGAGACUCAUGGCAGCCGGAUCGUUGGCCAGCGUGCCAGGCGCGAGGCGCGCCAGGUCAAUAUCAACAUUCAUUACUCGACCAAUCGCGCAGCUGGUGGCAGUGGUAGCAGCAACACCGGUGGGAGUAGCUCGCGCGGCGGCAGAGGUACCGGUAGCAGGCGGCCAGAAACCAUGAUGGUUAAUGAACCUGACUCGACUGGGUUCAGCUCUGCGGGUCGCCAUCGUCCUGCGGGCUUUGGACAGAUCACUGAGGACGACCGGCGGGCUACGCGCUCGGACACAAGCUCUCGUGAUGCCCCAUCGUCUCCUGAACCUGAGCCCGAGCGCCAGCAGCCCCAAACUCUGUGGCCGGAACUUGGGGCAGAGUCUUCCGGCUCGGCACACUCUGCGCGUGCACACCCCACCAUGGCCAAUUCGCUGGGCAUCAGCAUGCGUGAGCGGGCACCGACCGACGAAAAGCGCCCCGAGGUUGACUCGGAGACCAUGUCUCGCCACCAGGAGCUGCUCCAGCGGGUGUCGACGUACCUGAGCCAUCGUGAACAGCCUGUGGCCCGAUUCCGUAAACUGACGACCCAGUACAAGGACAACAAGGUAUCUGCAGCGGACUAUGUGCAGAACUGCUGGCUGCUGUUCCUAACUGUUCCGGGAAAGAAUGCCAAGGAGAUGAUCCAAAAGACAAUGAAGUCUGUUGCUGAGCUGCUGCCCGAGCAGAAGCAGCGCGACGAUCUGCUCAAGGCGUGGAGUAACCACCGCGUCAAGCAGCAGCAGUUCCCAGCGCUGGCGCCGCUGACAAAGACCAGCACAAAGGCGGCGGGCGGAUCCAGCAACCAGGCGCGUGUCUUGGUAAUCAAGCAGUCGACUGGCUCUCCUGGUGGUCGCAGUGGCUGGGCGUCGCCCAAGCGUGGCAAUGUCAGCCCGUCUCAGUCUGUGGCCAACAUCACCAAAUCCCUGUCAUCAUCGUCGCUGUCUGGGUUCCCGUCACUGUCGGCCAGCUCAAGCGCGACCUCGCUGCACUCGAUGAGUACGGCGCCGCGAGCGACCCCUGUAGUCAAUGCCUACAGCAGCAAGGUCUCGAACUCAAUCGGCACCGCGUCCAUGUCUACGUCGUCCAGCAGCGGGUCGCGGCCGCGGGUAACCAAGGCCGAGUUCCCAGGCCUUCCGCCAUCGACGCCUGCAAGGAGAAAGUUUGCACCGGUUAACCCCACGACGUCGUCAGCAUGGGGAAGCAGCUCAGGAACUGCACCCAGCACGCACUUGCAGAGCGGAGCAGGGUCGCGCUCUAACGACAAAUCAAAGAACGCCAAGGGAAAGAAUGUUUUGUUCCGCCUUGGAUAA